AUGGAUGUCUCUAACCUCGCAGGUCCUGCCACCCUCCCUAAGCACAUCCUGGAUGUCUGGGUCAUCGUCUUGAUCAUCCUGGCCACUAUCCUUGUCAUGACGGCCCUGGUGCUCUGCCCAGCCACCGCCAUCAUUAUCUACCGGGUACGGACUCACCCUAUGCGCAACGGCAUCGUGUGA